GAAAUGAAGAACAAAUCAGAGGAGAUCGUGUUCAUCUUGUUGGGACUGACAGAUGACCCUCAGCUACAAAUUGUGGUUUUCCUGUUUCUCUUUGUCAAUUACAUCUUGAGCCUGAUGGGGAACUUUGUCAUCAUCCUGCUCACACUGCUGGAUCCCCACCUCAAGACUCCCAUGUACUUCUUCCUUCGAAAUUUCUCCUUCUUAGAAAUUUCAUUCACCACAGUUGGCAUCCCACGCUUCUUGACCAGCAUUCUCACAGGAGACAAGACAAUCUCCUACAAUGGCUGUGCAUCUCAACUCUUCUUUUUUUUUCUACUAGGAGUUACAGAGUUUUACCUCCUGGCUGCCAUGUCCUAUGACCGCUAUGUGGCCAUCUGCAAACCCCUGCACUACCCUGUCAUCAUGAACAGCAAGGUAUGCCACCAGUUGGUGCUCAGCUCCUGGGUAAUUGGAUUCUUAACCAUCUUUCCCCCUUUGCUCUUAGGACUCCAACUGGAUUUCUGUGCAAACAGAAAGAUUGAUCAUUUCCUCUGUGACACUUCCCCUGUCCUUCAGAUCUCUUGCACAGAUACACAUUUCAUAGAAAUGUUGGCUUUUGUCUUAUCUGUGAUGACACUUGUUAUCACACUUUUUUUAGUGGUCCUCUCCUACACCUUCAUCAUCAAAACUGUCCUAAAAUUUCCAUCAGCACAUCAAAGAACAAAGGCUUUUUCCACUUGUUUCUCACAUAUGGUUGUUGUCUCUAUUACUUAUGGGAGUUGCAUCUUUAUGUAUACACAACCAGAAAAAGAUAUGGUUACUUUCAAUAAAGGUGUAGCUCUGCUCUACACCUCUGUGGCCCCUUUACUAAACCCUUUCAUCUACAGCCUAAGGAACCAGCAAGUAAAAGAAGCUUUCAAGCAUUUGCUUCAAAGAUUCAGUUUUGUUUCUUUAAAAUAA